AUGGAGGAGGAAGAGAUUCAGAGACAGCCUUGUAAGUUCUCUAGAGUUGGUAAUGGCAGAAAUGACACCAGCAGAAUAGCUCAGAAAGGAAAUGUUGACCACCAAUAUCCUGAUGAAGAAGAAGACGGUGAGCUCAAGAGGUCUAAUCUUAACAGCGGUGGUGGUACCGGUGGUGCUGUUGUUGAUAGUAGGACCAUCAAUCGUCUGCGUGGGUGGCACAAUACUUCGCGCAUUAUUAGGGUUUCUAGAGCAUCUGGUGGUAAAGAUCGGCACAGCAAGGUGUGGACCUCGAAGGGGUUAAGAGACCGGAGAGUACGUUUAUCGGUGACUACCGCCAUUCAAUUCUAUGAUCUCCAAGAUCGGUUGGGUUAUGAUCAACCAAGUAAAGCUGUAGAAUGGCUGAUUAAAGCAGCGCAAGAUGCAAUUGACGAGCUCCCUCCACUCAAUCAUUCUUUUCCUGACACUCCAAAGCAGUUGAGCGACGAAAGAAGAAUGAGUGAUGGCGCUGAACAAGGGUUUGAUUCAGCUGAUGUUGAGCUUGAUGACCCAAAUUUUUGCCAGAACCAGAACCAGCAUCUCUCUCUAUCUAAAUCUGCUUGCAGUAGCACUUCUGAGACGAGCAAAGGUUCGGGGUUAUCGCUUGCACGGUCUGAUAUUCGUGUCAAUCGAGUUAAGGCUCGCGAGAGAGCCAGAGAGAGAACAGCCAAGGAGAAGGAGAAAGAGAAUGAUUCACGCAUUGCACAUCAUCACAACCUAAACCCCAUCUCUCAAAACUCUACAUUUACCGAGCUUUUAACCGGUGGGAUUGGUAGUGUUAGCAAUAACAAUCACAGAAGCAGCAGCAACAACAACAAUACUGCUAGUCCUACUGGUUCCGAGGCAAAUUUGUUCCAAAAAGCUUCUGUGGCAAGGCAGUGGCCUUUGCCCCCAAUGGAUUACUUCAACACAGGGCUUUUCGGCCCAUCAUCGUCACGAACAGCUCAUCAUUCAUCGGGGUUUCCUGGGCAAAUCCAGUUAGGGAACUCAAUCCCGCACGCAAUGACAAUGUCGAUCCCGCCAUUCAGUGUAUCAGGAGAGAAUCACCAGGAGCAAUUACAACAUUUUCCUUUUGUUUCCGAUCAUUUGAUCCCAGUGGCAGCCACAACACAACCACCGGCUCCCGGUGGGGAUUACAAUCUGAACUUUACAAUAUCUUCAGGCCUUGCUGCUGGUUUCAAUAGGGGGACCCUUCAGUCCAAUUCAUCAUCACCGUCUCUUUUGUCUCACCUCCAGAGGUUUUCUACUUCUCACAUAGACGGAUCUACCACAAAUGUACCUUUCUUUAUUGGUGCUGCAUCUUCACAAGCUAUGGAGAAUCACCACCACCACAACCAUCAAUUCCCACCUGGGUUGCAGCUCUGCUAUGGCGAUGGAACCAGGCAUUCUGACCAGAAAGGCAAAGGGAAGAACUGA